GAGCGGGGCUUGACUCGCAUGUGCGAAAGCAACUUUCACUCGUCUUCAGCGUUGGUUGGAGUUGGGUUAAUCUGGAAGAUUAUUGUUGUCAAAAUUUUCGUGGCAUUCAAAAUUCAGGCUAAUUCAUACUUGACAAGCUAUAAAAUUAAAGACUGUCGUGAUUACAGACCAUGUCUAACUUCUUGGACGUCGACGAUUCCAUUAUUGCAAAAAACCUACUGUUGGGCGGUAUCUCACUCCCAGAGACAGACAACGAUCCAGGAGGUUCGUCGACAGAUUACCGAACACAAAUUCUUACUCCCAGUGAACGUAAAGAACAAGCACAGUGCAAGUUUAUCAUUCCACAACCAGGAUUGUGCAUUAAAACGAGAGAAUUGAUAACUAAUCACAAAGUGUUUAUCAAUCUGUGCAAGUCAGAUGACGUGCCAGAACCUGACGAGUAUUUCGACGACGAACAGCUCAGUAAUAUCCUUGCCAAUGGGUCUGAUGAAGAAGUUGGCCUCAUCCGAUUACCAAUGUCAUUGGGAGAAAAGCAUAUAGAAAGUGAUAAGAACGGGGUAAAAUGUCCAGUCUUUGAAGUGGUUAUCAAUACAAUUUUCUUUGAUGCGAAGAUUUUACCAUCAGAACUCUAUCGAACAUUCCUUAUUGUUAUUAUCAUUGAAGGAAUUGAAGAAAAAUUCAAGAUGGAGUUGGACAAAAAUAAUUAUCUAGUUCUGCAACACAAAAAGUGUAUUGGCAAACUCAAUCCUCAACUGGUUAAAAAUAAACCUGGGAUUAAGGAAGUUAAGUCGUCAAGAGUAAUAACUGAUGUUGAAUUGACCAAAUCUUCUACUGGUCCCACUAUCAAGAAAACGCUUGUAGAAGAAAUCGAAACCAAAGAGCUUAAAUUAGAUUGUACCAUUACUCAAGUUUCUCAAGCAGUAGCCAAAGCUGAAAUAAAGCUCCCAAACUUGAAAAAUACAGCAAAAGUGUUUGUUACUCUCGGAGCUGACCGGAUCAUUGUAGACAGUCCUGUUGGACAAUUGGAUAUAUUUGUGCCGUUAGAUAUUCAUCAAGAAGAGUCAAAAGCUGAAUUUGACGUGGCAUCAAAUACGUUAAGUUUGCACCUUCCUUUGGUCAUCAAACCAUAAUCAUUGCUAAUUGAUUUUAUGUAUAAUAACGCAGCAUAUAUUCUCUACAUUCCUCUAUCCUAUAUUUUGAAACAUUUGUAAAUAACUAUCGCAAGUUAUUAUUAUAAUUCUAUACUACAUAUACAUCCAUCCAUCCAAGUCCUAAUAAGAAGUGCGUAAUAUUACGUUUGACUUGAUGAAAAUACUUGUGUUCUAUAAGCUAUGUAUAUGAUAAUGUCUCCUAUAAGAAGUUGAAUAACCAUAUUAAAAAUAUGCCAAAACUUCAUCAUA